AGACAGAGCGGGCAGUCAGAGAGACGGCGCGCCCACCGCGGCCGCUGACGGCACCGCCACACGCCAGCCGGCCAGUCACGUGACCCGACAGUGGACGGGCGGCACGGGUCACGUGACGGACGGCGCGGCGGCGGUCGGCGGUCGGCGGACGACCGGCCGCUGGCAGUCGUCCCGCGUGCGGCGCUCGGGAUGUAUAAGAGCGCAGGUGCCGCCGCCCUGUCACAGAGCUCGAUUAGACCCACCAUGUCGCCCCGUCAGUGCCCGCUGCCUCUGCCGAUGGUGCCGGUGGUGCUCCUCUUGGUGACGGUCGCCGUCCGCUGCCCGACGGCGCUCGCCAUGCCGACCAAUGAAGUGCUCGACGACCGGGUGCUGUUCUCAAAGCUGCAGACCUGUUACAUCGCCAGUGGGAUGGAUGACCUGGACCCCAGCGUCACCCCGGACACCAUGCCUAGUGUCGAGCAGCGCAGCGACAUUCUUCAGUCGUUCCUGGACUGCUGCUCGAAGCAGGACUUUCCGGCCAUCGAGGCUCUGGAGGCGCGCAAACAAAAGUCAAAUGGCGAGGAGGUCUCGUCGCUGCUGAAGGAGCUCCAGAGCACCAUCCAGGCGGUCUACAAGAAGUACCUGAUGGGCAGCAGUGUCGGUCUGACCGUGCCCGGAUCGUAGGAAGGCGCACAGAGGGGCUCUCAGGGAGACUGGCGCCGGCUGUGUCGGCUGCCUUCAGAUGUCGGAGGGGCAAGAGGCAGACGUUAGGGGACAAAUAGCGGUCGCCUGGUGGUGCGAGUGGUGUGAGGCUGAGAGGGCGAGUGGCGGAGCCCGGAAAAGGCGAGCGGUGACCGCUGGAUUGAUUAGUGGCGUGGAACUGGUAUGAGCGAGUGAUGAUGCGCCAUUGGAGUACUUUGCCUACCCCUACUGAAGUGACGGGGCAAGGAAAACGCAGUGUGAGGUUCACGGCCACUCCUCUCGCCAAGAGACCGUGCAAAAGGUGACUUUGGGCCGGGCCAGAUGCGGCAAGGGCUCACAGAAGGACCAGAGUAAGUCGCUGUUUCUGGAACAGCCCGGGAUAGUCUGAUAGUGCCGGCGGAUUUAACUCGUCACCGUCCUAUCUUCGCCUGGCGCGCCUAGCAACUGCGGUGUGUGACGUACACCCAAACAAUGUGAUCUUAGUGUGAGAGCGCUGCACGAGUGAUGUGUGUAGGUAAAACUCCGAGCAGGAAGGUCACGAGCGUCCCAGCCUUGCUUGGUGGGUGGCUGGCUGUGCAGCGAUAUGUUGAGCUUUGUGUGGCGUGAUGACAACAAACAGUAUUUAUGAAUAUGUAACAUAUGCCACUUAGUUAUAGACAAUGUGCUAGCAAUGCCUAAUCAGAAACGUGUGGGUAGAUGCAUCGAUAGUCAUGCUGUCAACUGAAUAGGUUAUAUGAGUUGGAGCUACAACCCAACGUUAACUUGGGUAUGGGUAUGCUUUUUCGUUAGAAAGAAAUGCCGCUUGAUAUUGUUUGCAAAAUUAAGCGUCGUUGGCUUAUGCGUUUCUUAUGCUCCGACAGUCGACCUGCCUGUAAUUGUGAGACGUGUUGGUGCUUUUCAGCCCGUUCGAACCGAACGUGACUGAUUAAUGAUUGUGCCUUGUCAUGCAAUAAAAUAUAAAU